CAGAACCGAAGCAGGGCAUCGCGUUCUCGGCUUCUCGCACACACACACACACACACCCGCCUCCGUUGCCGUCUCACCCCCUUCCCCAUCUCUCAUCGCCAGUUCGCCACCACCCCCCGAUCCUGCUGCUCCUCUGUCCUCGGCGCCUCCCAUGAAACCCUAAUCCCCCCAAAACCCUGACCCCGACCAGCACUGCCUCCGCCGCUAUGUCGCCCCCUCUGCAGGCGCCCGACUACAAGCACAUCACGGAGGAGUGCCUCCGCGAAUGGAAGGGCCAGUCCGCCGGCGCCUUCCGGCUCCCCGAUCCGGUCCCCAUGGCGCGCUUCCUCUACGAGCUCUGCUGGGCGAUCGUGCAAGGCGACCUGCCGCCGCAGAAGAGCCGCGUGGCGCUGGAGUCGGUGGUAUUCGUGGAGGAGGCACGGCGAGAGGAGGAGCUCGGCUCGGUGCUCGCUGAUAUCAUCGCUCACCUAGGGCAGGAUAUUACAAUAUCUGGUGAAUAUCACAGCCGUCUUGUUAGAAUGACCAAGUCAUUUGUGGAAUCCUCGAUUACCGCACCUAGGCUUCUGCAAGAGCGGUGCGAAGAAGAUUUCCUUUGGGAGGUUGAACAGAGUAAGCUGAAAGGCCAAGAUUUAAAAUCCAAGGAGGUUAGGGUCAACACACGACUUCUUUACCAGCAAACUAAAUUCAACCUCUUGCGAGAGGAAAGCGAGGGCUAUGCUAAGUUGGUGACACUCCUUUGUCAAGUUGGUUCAGAUCUGGCCUGCCAGAAUUCUUCUUCAGUUACAAUCAGCAUUAUAAAGUCAUUGAUUGGUCAUUUUGAUCUGGAUCCAAAUCGUGUAUUUGAUAUUGUGUUGGAAUGCUUUGAAGUCUAUUCAGAUAGUAACAUCUUUCAUCAGCUCAUUCCUCUUUUCCCAAAGUCCCAUGCUGCUCAAAUUUUGGGGUUCAAAUUUCAGUACUAUCAACGACUCGAUGUCAACAGCCCUGUUCCAUCUGGACUUUUCAGAACAGCAGCUUUAUUAGUCAAAUCUGGUUUCAUUGAUCUCGAUAAUGUCUAUUCUCACUUGCUUCCAAAUGAUGACGAGGCAUUUGAGCAUUUUGAUUCUUUCAUUUCAAGAAGAAUUGAUGAGGCUAAUAGAAUUGGCAAAAUCAAUCUUGCUGCUACGGGAAAGGACCUUAUGGAUGACGAGAAGCAAGAAGUCACUAUUGAUAUGUACACAGCAUUGGAGAUGGAAAAUGAUAUAGUUGGGGAGCGAGCCCCUGAGAUGGAAAAGAAUCAGAAAUUUGGGCUGCUUCUUGGUUUUCUCUCUGUGCAUGACUGGUACCAUGCACAACAACUCUUUGAGCGUCUUGCACACCUAAAUCCUGUUGAGCAUAUUGAAAUUUGUGAUGGACUAUUUAGAAUGAUUGAAAAGACAAUGUCUUCAGCCUAUGAUAUAGUUUGUCAACUGUAUUAUUAUUUACCUCCUAAGAAUGAUGUUGAUCUACCGAAAGAGUUUUUCCAAAUGCUCACCGCUUGUGGACCAUAUCUUCAUCGUGAUACUCAAUUACUUCAAAAGGUUUGCAGAGUACUAAAAGCAUACUACCACUCAUCAAAAGAGUCUACCCGUGCAGCAAAUGUAGUUUCACCAGAAUUUUGGAUUGAAGAGGCACUUGGGUCGUGCUUGUUUCCUUCGUUGCAGCUUAUCCCUGCCAAUCCUGCUGUUGAUAUGGAGAUAUGGGGGGUUCUUUCACUUCUUCCUUAUGAGGCACGCUACCGUCUAUACGGUGAAUGGGAGAAGGAGACUGAACAAAACCCAAUUGUCCUUGCUGCAAGGCAAACUGCAAAGCUGGACACCAGAAGGCUCUUAAAACGGCUGGCUAAGGAAAACCUGAAGCCGCUUGGGCGCAUGGUGGCUAAACUUGCUCAUGCAAAUCCGAUGACCGUGCUUCGAACAAUUGUCCAGCAGGUCGAAGCAUACAGGGAUAUGAUCACGCCAGUUGUGGAUGCUUUUAAGUACUUGACUCAGCUGGAGUACGACAUCUUGCAAUAUAUUGUAAUUGAACGCUUGGCUCAAGGUGGCCGUGCAAAACUCAAAGAUGAUGGUCUUAACCUGUCAGAUUGGCUUCAAUGUCUUGCAUCCUUUUCGGGCCACCUGUGCAAAAAGCAUAAUGCUGUGGAGCUGAAAAGCCUUUUGCAGUACCUUGUUAAUCAACUAAAGAAGGAUGUGGGCAUUGAACUUGUUGUCCUGGAGGAGCUCAUUCAGCAAAUGGCGAAUGUGCAGUACACUGAGAACAUGACGGAGGAACAAGUUGAUGCUAUGGCAGGAAGUGAGACUUUGCGGCAGCAAGCUUCACUAUUUGGAGCAACAAGGAACUAUAAGGUGUUGAGUAAGUCUACAAACAGGUUGAGGGAUUCAUUGCUUCCAAAAGAAGAGCCCAAACUUGCAGUUCCUAUGUUACUGCUUAUUGCUCAGCAUCGGUCCAAGAUCAUAAUAAAUGCUGAUGCCAAUGCCACAUAUAUCAAAAUGGUCAGUGAGCAGUUUGAUAGAUGCCAUGGAAUACUGCUUCAGUAUGUUGAGUUUCUUUCAAGUGCCAUAACUCCAAUCGCCUAUGCUCAAUUAAUACCUCCUUUGCAAGAUCUGGUGCACCAAUACCACAUUGAGCCAGAGGUUGCUUUCCUUAUGUACCGCCCAGUGAUGCGACUUUUUAAGAGCACGAAUGGUGGUGACACUUGUUGGCCUCUUGAUGAUAAUGAGGAAGGAGAAUCUGUAUCAUCUGAUGAUCUUAUCUUGCAUCUUGACUCGUCUCAGGAACCAAUCAUGUGGUCAGAUCUUAUUAACACAGUCCGGUCAAUUUUGCCAACAAAAGCUUGGAACAGUCUUUCACCAGACUUAUACGCUACUUUCUGGGGCUUAACGCUCUAUGAUCUUCACUUCCCAAAAGACCGUUAUGAUACAGAAAUCAAGAAGCUGCAUGAGAAUCUCAAACAAUUGGAGGACAACUCGGAUAACUCUAGCAUUGCAAUUUCAAGACGUAAGAAGGACAAGGAGAGAAUCCAAGAUUUACUCGACAAACUGAACAGUGAAUCUCAGAAGCACCAACAGCACAUUGCAUCUGUGGUCCAAAGGCUAGCCUGUGAAAAGGAUAAGUGGUUGAGUUCAAGUCCGGAUGCACUGAAGAUCAACAUGGAGUUCCUACAGCGCUGCAUAUUUCCACGCUGUGUUUUUAGUACGCAGGAUGCUGUAUAUUGUGCUACAUUUGUCCAAACACUACACUCCCUUGGGACUCCAUUCUUUAACACAGUCAAUCAUAUUGAUGUCCUUGUCUGUAAGACCCUACAGCCAAUGAUAUGCUGUUGCACAGAAUUUGAAGCUGGCAGGCUUGGAAGGUUUCUUCAUGAUACAUUGAAGAUGGCCUACUAUUGGAAGAGUGAUGAAUCUGUGUAUGAGCGUGAAUGCGUAAACAAACCGGGUUUUGCGGUAUACUUCAGAUACCCAAACAGCCAGCGAGUAUCUUAUAGUCAGUUUGUUCGGGUUCAUUGGAAGUGGAGUUCAAGAAUCACCAAGGCGCUUAACCAAUGCAUGGAAUCAAAAGAAUACAUGGAAAUCCGAAAUGCCCUUAUUGUGCUUACAAAAAUUUCUAGUGUCUUUCCUGUGAUUCGUAAAAGUGGUGUCAAUCUUGAGAAACGAGUAAGUCCCUUACCAGCCAUUUCUUAUGCUGCUUGCAUAUUUCUCACCAAAUUUUUUGACCAGGUGGCUAAACUUAAAGGGGAUGAGAGGGAAGAUCUCAAAGUUCUUGCUACUUGUGUAGCUGCUGCUUUAGCUGCUCGCAAGAGUUCUUGGCUAUCUGAAGAAGAGUUUGGCAUGGGCCACAUUGAUCUGAAACCAGCAACAACAAGAUCUGUGCCUGGAAACCAGUCAGCCGAUCCCUCGAUGGCAAAAGAUCAAAAUGCCCGUGCAAAGUCUGAAAGUAGGCAUGAAAGGUUAGAAGGUGCUAUGAAGCCUGAUGUUCAACAAAAAAAGAGCUCUGUGUCCGCAAAUGGAUCUGAUAAUCAAAUACCAUCUUCCGCCGUACAAGGGAAAUCUUCAGGGAUUGUACGUGUAGCGGAUGAACCUCCAAAGCCUGUAUCUGAUGAGGGGGUUAAGGUUUCUGUGAAGCCUAGUUCAGAAUCUGAGAUAAGGGCGCCACAAAAGCGUGCUGCGCAUAAUGCUGGGAAGAUACUGAAGCAUGAUGUGGCAAAGGAAGAUGGAAAAGCUGGAAAAUCUACCAGCCGGAAUUCUAAUCAACAAGCCUCUACUGUUCCUGUUGACAGAGAAGCUACUCAGGCAGCUGAUUCUGUCCAAGAUACCAAUUCUGCUAGUAGCAAUGGUAACUUGCAUCCAGCGCCACGAAAAGCUUCAUCCUCCCAAAGAAAUGCAGUGUUGGCUACACAUAAUGGAGCAGUUAAUCCAUCUGGUGAGUCUACUGAUCUGACUGACGCUACUGUGAGACAGCAAAAAAGAUCGGUUCCAGCUGAGGAGCAAGAUAGAUCAAGCAAACGGAGGAAAGGAGAAACUGAACCCCGAGAUACCGAUUUGAGUGAGCACCAUAUAGAAAAGGAAAAGAGUUUGGACUCACGUGCCGGAGAUAAGUUUCGUUCGGUGGAUCAUGAGAAGAGUGCUAGUGAGGAACAGAACUUAAGUAGGGCAGAAAAAAUGAAAGAGAAAUUUGAUGAUAAAUAUGACAGAGAUCCUAGAGAAAAAUUGGAUCGAGCUGAAAGGCGCUGUGGGGAAGAUGCCAUUGAUAGAGCAACAGAUAGAUUGUCAGAUCGGAGAGAACGUUCUAUUGAAAGGAUGCAAGAGAGAGUUACAGAUAAAGCUCCUGAAAAAGGAAGAGAGGAUAGAAAUAAGGAUGAGAGGAAUAAAGGUAAUAAAUAUGCUGAAUCUUCAGUUGACCGGACACAUUCUACUGAUGAACGGUUCCGAGGGCAAAGUUUGCCACCGCCUCCACCUCUUCCCACAAGUUUUGUACCCCAAUCAGUUGGUGCUAACCGAAGAGAAGAUGAUGCUGACCGAAGGGGUGGGAGCGCUAGGCAUAUUCAAAGGUCAUCUCCCAGGUGUGAUGAGAAAGAAAGGAGGCAGUCAGAGGAGAAUGCUUCGUCAUUUCAGGAUGAUGGAAAACAUAGAAGAGAGGAGGAUCUCCGUGAUAGAAAGCGUGAAGAUCGGGAUGUUCUAUCAAAUAAGGUAGAUGACAGAGACAGGGAAAAAGGAACUGCUAUGAAGGAAGACAGCGACCCUAGCAGUGCUUCCAAACGAAGAAAGAUUAAGCGAGAACAGUCUUCUUUAGAAGCUGGGGAAUAUGCACCUUCUGCUCCUCAGCCUCCUUCCCAUGGAACUGGCAGCCCACAAUUAUCUGAUGUACGAGAACGAGAAAGAAAAGGUGCAAUUUCACAGCAUCGUAGCUCGCACACUGAUGACCUUCCUAGGACGCAUGGCAAGGAUACAAGCAAGCCGAGUCGUCGAGAGGCUGACCAAAUGCAUGAUAGGGAAUGGGAAGAGGAAAAGCGACCAAGAACUGAAACAAAAAGGAAGCACCGGAAAUAGCUGAUCAAUGCUGGCAUGGAUUCAGUCAAACUCAUAAAAUUCAUCCAAGCGCAGUAGCGGAUAAAUUUCAUGUUUUCUUCUGUGAGAAAACAUGUUUCAGUAUAACUAAGCAUACUGUUUAAGAAUAUACUGCUGGCGCCAGUUAGGGAGAUGUGGAACUUAUCAGCUUAGGAACAUAAAGUCUUUUCUGCCCAGGACCGCAACUAGAAGCUAGUCAAUGCGAAUUUAACCUACGGAGAUGGGGCAUGUUUAACUUCAUACAUUUUGUGCUGUAAACAAUGUGAAGGUCAAGAAAAUACAUAUGGGUGAACAUAGACGUGUGGCUCACCAUCCGGCUAUUUUGUAUUGUACAAGUACUAACUGCUAACAUGUUGUAGGAAAGCAUUUGGAUCACCAUUUUUUGCACGGUCUAGUAAUAAUGUUAGGGGGACAGAAUGAUUGAAAUGUACAUAUUGUGGUCGGAAAUUUUGCUUAGCUUUUUUCUGUUCAGUUUUAUUCUUUUUUAUUAAAGUUGGCUCUGAA